AAAUAUUGAUAUAUUUCGUCUGUUAAGCUUAAACAUUGCCACAUAUCGCUCGAAAGAUGGCACAAUUAUACAGACAGCUACUAUCGGAAAAAAUUUCUCGCUUGAAUGGAGUGAACGUACAAAUACCUAUGGCAGCGCUUAAUUUUGCUUUUCAGAAAGCGAAUCAAACUUCUGAGUUGUUUAUACCAAUUCACCAUUUAGAACGCAUGGAAUGUCCAUAUAACAACGAAGUAUAUAACAGUCUUCGAGAGAGCACCGACCAAUUGAGCAAUGUAUCGGUUGAAUCGAAAUCAGGAAAAAAGUGGGCAAAGCUAACAUUGAACAAAAUUAGCCUCAUACAAACGGUUCUGGGUAACGUAGCGCAAAAAGAGCCCAUCACUUGUAGCAAUGCUGUAAAGAUGGUUGUGGAAUUUAGCUCUCCUAAUAUUGCAAAACCAUUCCAUGCUGGUCAUUUACGUUCAACUAUUAUCGGUAACUUUUUAUCCAAUUUGAACGAUUUUUUAGGCAAUAAAGUACUGCGUCUCAAUUAUCUCGGUGACUGGGGCACGCAAUUUGGUUACUUGGCUUUAGGAGUUCGUUUGAAAGGGUUAUCACCGGAAGAUAUCAACAAAAAUCCUAUCAAAUGUUUGUAUGACGCGUAUGUUCAUGCAUACCAAGCAGCACGUGACGACCCGAGCUUACACACCGUUGCUUUGGACAUUUUUUCUCGCAUGGAGCACGACACUCCCGAUAACGAUCUGCAACAGUGGCAAAUCUAUCGCGCGCACACUAUUCAAGAACUUGAGGAUCUUUACUGUAGACUGGGAGUACACUUCAGUAGUUACGAGUGGGAAUCGCAGUACGGAGUCAAUAAGAUAGCACAGCUCAUUGAAACAUUGGAACGUCACGGUAUUCUACAUAAUCAAACCGACGGUCGAAAAGUUGUGCAGCUUAAGGCACGAACUAUUCCGAUUGUGAAAAGUGAUGGUACUGGAAUGUAUCUACUACGGGAUAUUGCUGCGUUGAUGGAUCGGCAAGAAAGGUAUCACUUUGAAAAAUGCUUUUAUGUGGUGGAAAACGGUCAGACCGAUCAUUUUGCAUCACUCAAAGAGAUAGCACACAUGCUUGGCCUACCAUAUGCCACUGGAAUUGAGCAUAUUAAAUUUGGACGCAUCCAUGGAAUGAGCACAAGACGCGGUAAAGUGAUAUUUUUGAAAGACAUUUUACACGAAGCACAACAACUGGUGCUAGAAAAACAACGUGAAUCACCAUACACUAAAACCAAUACCAUUGACAAUCCCGAAGUUUGCGAUAUCCUUGGAACUAGUGCCGUUAUAAUUAAUGAUUUAAAACAACGACGCAUGAAAGACUACAAUUUCGAUUGGUCAAAAGUUCUUCGAAUGGAGGGAGACUCUGGUAUUAAGCUGCAAUACACCCACUGCCGGUUGGCUAGUCUGCUAGACAACGCACAUACCACGGCAGAUGAAAUUCUGCAAUCAGUCACGUGUGAUGGUGCAUCGUUAUUGGAGCCGGAAGCUGUUGAAUUGGUAUGCAUGCUGGCUAAUUUCCAACCAGUUUGCCAUCAAGCUCACGAAACAGCCGAAGCUUGUAUAUUGGUUGCCUAUUUAUUUCGUUUAUGUAAAGCGAUCAAUCUUGGGCUUAAAGCAUUACCAGUAAAACAUGAAACCGAUAGGAAACGACGCUUGCAACGGUUACUUCUGUUCAGUAGAGCAAAAUCUGUGCUACAUAGUGGAAUGAAGCUUCUAGGUUUGAGGCCGCUCGAAAAAAUGUGAUAAACUUGGCAAUAUUAUAAUUUAAAUCCGUUUUGUUUGUUUUCAUUAAUUUAUUGACGAUUUAUUAUAAAUAAAAAGCAAACGCAAAAGAUUUGUUAACAGCAACAAAGUGUACG